AUGCGCGCUUUCGCCCUGAGCGCUGCUGCUGCCACGGCGCUUCUCGCGCCCGCUGCCCAGGCCAUGGCCGCCUACGAGCCCGAGUUCCAGCAGCUCGUGUCGCGCGCCACGACCCAGGACGCCAUGGCUGCCGCCGACAAGGCCUUCGACUUUAUCGUCGUCGGCGGUGGUCUCGCUGGUCUCACCGUCGCAAGCCGUCUCACCGAGUGGAACAACGUUACCGUCCUCGUUCUUGAGGCCGGUGGCACCGGUGACGAGUCGCAGAACAUCCAGGACCGUGUCGACAUGCCCGGCAAGUCGUACAUCAACUCGCUCACCGGAACCGAGUACGACUGGAAGUACAAGACGGUCCAGCAGCCCAAGUCGGGCAACCAGCAGAAGAGCUGGCCUCGUGGAAAGAUCCUCGGUGGCUCCGGCGCCGUCAACGGUCUCUUCUGGUGCCGUGGCGACAAGGAUGAGUACGACGCCUGGGCCUCGCUCAACCCCGGGACCAACGAGACCUGGGACUGGAACGAGGUCAACAAGUACAUCAUGAAGGCUGAGAACUUCAUGGAGCCUCCCACGGACAUGGUCAACCAGAUGAGCCUCAAGUACGACGCCGGCGCCCACGGUUCUGGCGGCCCCAUCUCGGUCGGUUACUCCCAGUACAUCUACCCCGUCACCUCCAACUGGAUCCCCUCCUGGACCGAGCUCGGUUUCGACGCCAAGGACCUUGCCGGCGGUUCCACCCGCGGUGUCAUGCUUACUCCCUCGACCCUGAACCGUGACACCCAGUCUCGUUGCGACUCCAAGGUCGGCUACCUCGACCCUCACGAGGACCGCGGCAACCUCGUCGUCCUCACUGGCCAGCAGGUCACCAAGAUCGUCUUCAACGGCACCAACGACGCGCAGGGCAACCCCAUCGCUUCCGGUGUCACCUUCUCGGCCGGCCCCGGCCAGGAGGUCUUCUCCGCCCAGGCCAAGAAGGAGGUGAUCCUGUCUGGUGGCACUGUGGGUUCGGCCCAGAUUCUCCAGCUCUCCGGUGUCGGUCCCGCCAACGUCCUCCAGGGCGCCGGUGUCCCCGUCGUCAAGGACCUGCCCGUCGGCUACAACCUCCAGGACCACGUUUCGAACACGAUGUACUUCAACACCCAGCCGAUCGACACCUGGUACGAGCUCGCCAACAACAAGGGCCUCCAGGACGAGGAGGCGCAGAAGUGGAAGAACAGCGCCCAGGGUCUCUGGACAUAUGUCAACGAGGCUGUCGGCUACAUUUCCGGUGCUGACCUUUACGGCACUGGCUCUGCCGCCGCGUCCAACGUUGACGUUGAUGCCAUGCUUACCACUCUUGACGGUGACAUCGGCCUUCCCGCCAGCGUCAAGAACGGUAUCCGCGCCCAGCUCGAGCUCCAGAAGCAGUGGCUCUCGUCGACUGUCGGCCAGUUUGAGAUCAUUCUUCACCUCUGGGGCCAGACUGCCAACAACAUCGGUAUCCAGGUCGCCCUCCAGCACCCCUUCUCCCGCGGCACUCUGUUCAUCACCUCGGACUCUGCCUGGGACUCGCCCUCGAUCAACCCCAACUACUUUGGUAUCGACAAGGACGCCGAGAUGGGUGCUCGCGCCCAGGAGUGGGUCCGCAAGCUCGUUGCCACCCCCACCUGGAAGAAGAUUAUCACCGCCGAGGUUGGCCGUGACGGCAGCAAGGGCCCCACCGAUGACCAGGGCUGGUUCGCGUACAACGGCAAGACCGAGUACCACCCUCUCGGCUCUUGCUCCAUGCUUCCCGAGGACCAGGGCGGUGUCGUUGACACCAACCUCAAGGUCCACGGCAUCAGCAACGUUCGCGUUAUCGACGCUUCGAUCAUGCCGAUCCACGUUUCGGCGCACCUGAUGGCUUCCACUUACGGAAUCGCCGAGAAGGGUGCCGACAUCAUCAAGGCUAAGUAUGUUUAUGUUCCCCCACCUCCCUCCCCCUCCACGUCUGCGUCGUCAGGAGCUAGUUCCACGGGUCUCUCUCAGGAGACGCAAGCGGGGCCUGCUACUACAGCGGAGAUUGAGGACGCGACGGAUUCUGCCAUCAAGAGUGCUGCGGCAGACGGGAACGCGAAGGCUUCAAGCGGUCAAAUGACGAUGGGAACCAAGAUUGGAAUCGGAGUCGGUGUCGGAUGCGGUGUCCUUGCUCUUCUCGCGGCGAUCCUGUUUGUCGUCGGCGCUGCCAGGAAGACAAGAGGAGGGCAGCGAGCGAGAAGGGGUGGUACGCCGGACCUUCGGCGGACGGGGGCGCGUGGGACGCCGGCGCAGCCUACAGCGAGCAGGAGGGAUACCCGAUGGCGCCGCCGCGGGGCCGUCCCUUCUCUUCUGCAGGCGCGUCGGUCAGCACCAUGGCAACCGCGGACCUGUACCACCCCACUCCGGGCUCGCCCUCUGGCCACGGUGACGGCUAUGAUGCGUACAGCAUGGGCGAUUACUCGCGCGGGGGCGCCCAGUCACCAUACCGCGACUUUGUAG